AUGUCUGAUUACGACCACUUUGGGAGCUCCGAGGAGGAGAGCGCCGAGAUCAAGAAGCUCCAGGCCGAUGUGGAAGUUGAUCCCGAUAACUUCGAAACUUGGGAGAAGCUGGUUCGCGCCUGCGAGGGUCUGGAGGGCGGCCUGAACCGCAACUCCAGCCCCCAGGCCCUUGCUACUCUUCGAGAUGCCUACGAUCGCUUCCUCCUCAAAUUCCCUCUGCUCUUUGGCUACUGGAAGAAGUACGCGGACCUCGAGUUCAACAUUGCUGGACCCGAGUCAGCAGAGAUGGUCUACGAGCGAGGAUGCGCCAGCAUCACCAAUUCUGUCGACUUGUGGACCGACUACUGCUCCUUCAAAAUGGAGACCACACACGUCCCACACCUCGUCAGAGAGCUCUUUGAACGCGGCGCAACCUGUGUCGGCCUUGACUUCCUCGCACAUCCGUUCUGGGAUAAGUACAUAGAGUACGAGGAGCGACAGGAGGCCCAAGACAAAAUCUUCGCCAUCCUGUCUCGAGUCAUCCACAUUCCGAUGCACCAGUAUGCUCGUUACUUUGAACGAUUCCGCCAGCUCUCCCACAGCCGCCCCGUCACCGAGCUGGUUCCGGCUGAGACGCUGCAGAGAUUCCAGGCCGAGGUGGAGGCUGAGAGUGCCCAGUAUGCCGGUGCGCAGCGAACGGAGCUCGAGGUUGAACGCGACGUGCGCACCAAGAUUGACGCCAUGUACUAUGAGUACUUUACCCAGACGCAGUCCGAGACCAACAAGCGAUGGACCUACGAAUCCGAAAUGAAGCGCCCUUACUUCCAUGUUACCGAGCUUGAGAGCUCGCAGCUCACCAACUGGCGCAAGUACCUUGAUUUUGAAGAGUCCGAGGGAAACACUACCCGCAUCGUCUUUCUUUAUGAGCGAUGCUUGGUGACAUGCGCCUUCUACGACGAAUUCUGGUUCCGCUACGCCCGCUGGAUGUCUGCACAAGAGGGCAAGGAGGAAGAGGUCAGAAUCAUCUACCAGAGAGCCGCCACUAUGUUUGUACCCAUCAGUCGGCCCGGCAUCAGGCUGCAGUUUGCCUACUUUGAGGAAAGCUGUGGACGUAUCGACAUAGCUCGCGACAUUCAUGAGUCCAUCCUCAUGAAGUUGCCCGACUGUAUUGAGGCCAUCACCUCAUGGGCUCACCUCCAGCGUCGACAGAGCGGGCUGGACGCCGCGAUUGAGGUUUUCAAGGCGCAGAUCGAUUCGCCUCAAGUGGAUAUCUUUACCAAGGCAGCUCUGGUGACCGAGUGGGCCUUGUUCUUAUGGAGGGUCAAGGGCUCAGUGGAAGAAGCUCGCAACGUCUUCCUCAAGAACGUACAGUGGUACGCCGACAGCCGUGUCUUUUGGGACAAGUGGCUCGAGUUCGAGCUUCAGCAGGCGACAAGCACGGAGCUGGAGGAUCAGCACGGCGACCGCAUCAAGCAGAUCUUUGACGAACUCCGGAGCAAGAGCCGUUUGUCCGCCUCGACAAAGAAAGAGCUGUAUCAGAUUUACCUAUCAUACUUACAGCAGCGGGGCGGUAAGGACGCGAUGAAGCAGUUCCUUGCCAUUGACCGGGAGAUCUUUGGGCCGGGCUCGAUCUCACUGCUGGCCAAGAACGAGGUUGGCGGAAAAGAAAACGGAGCUGCUGUGCCUGAGUUGGACGAGGUAACAAGAUACCGAGCCGAAGCCAGGUAUCUGAGAUACUACGAGCUCCAGGGCGAACCAGACCUCGAGGGACAGGCCACAGCGCCAUUCAACUAG